AUGACAGAUACGACGUCGGGACUAAACAACUUUGAGCUGAUUCGACGAGGUGUUCUUCGCCUUGACAAGGCAUCCGAGCUUCUGGAUAUGUUUGCAAGCAACUAUCAUCCGUACUGCCCUGUCACUCCGACAUACUUCUUCACACAGCCAGGCCAGCUACAGAAACGUGACUACUUUCUACUAGCAGUCUUGUUGACUAUUGCAUCAAGGGACUCUCCAGGGGACGCACAUCUUCACAGCCAGUGUUGGAAUUACGUGCAAAGUCUACUUCUUCAAGUGCUCCUAGCUCAUUCAUGGACUCAAACCCCGCGAACAGUCGAGGGUUUGCUACUCUUAUCUGAGUGGUUGCCUCAUAUCGAAUCAAAACGUUCCGCCUUGGCGGUCCACAAGGACCACUUCAGUGAAGGACAAACAGCUUGGUCAAUUGUCGGUCUCGCCGUACGCUUGGGCUACUCGUUGAGACUAGACCGUGCCGCAUUCCGGAGUCCUACAUCGGGAGAGCCAGUAGACGAUAAACAGGAGCAGAAUCGUCUCAUUUGGACGUUCACCUACUUGGCAGACAGGCAGAUCUCAGUUCGAUUAGGGCAGUCUUUCUGGUCCCGUGGGCCGGCUCUAUCUUCCAACUUCACGGCCAAAGACUUUCCGAGUCUAAAGCCUGUGGCUGGAUGUAGUACCGACGACUACGCAUCAGUUCUGCAUGCGCACUUGGAUUUGAUGCAGAUACUUCACAACGCUCACUCGAUACUCUACUCGUCCAAUGAGAGAACGCAGUCGAUGAUUAACGAGGGCGAUUAUCCGCGCUACUUGGAUGACCUGAUGGAAGCAGCAACGGCAUGGAGUACCAACUGGGGAGGUCUCCAAGUUUCUCCGAAGCUGAAGUCUACGCUCCGUAUUUCGCACGAAUAUCUCUGUUUGUAUAUUAACGCAUUCUCUUUUCAUGCCGUGGUGACGCGUGAGUCUCAACAUCAAGGUCCUCGGGGGGACGACCGACGGCAAUUACGCGGCAACAAGAGAUCGGGGUUGGAUCUUUUCUCCAAUGGUCUUAUGGCCUCACCUGACGCGAGAUACAUUGCAAGUGCUAUUGCGGCAGCAAGAGAACUUCUUAGUCUUACAACGGAGUUGGAUCCCCGAAGGGUUUUGUGUUACCUCCCUUCACGUUAUCAUCUCUACGGACUCUAUGCCGCAGUGUUUCUAUACAAGGCUCUCAAUGUAGGGGCUAUACGGGGCCAUGCACAACAGAAACAAGUGAGAGGCCUAUCGCAAGCCUUCAUCUUGACCUUGGACGAAGUGGCCUCAACUGAACCGCACAUCUGCCAUGGAUACAGUGUCCUACUGAGAGAUCUUUGGCAGCAAGACAAAGACCCGCAGACUGAAUCAGGCCCAGAAGUCCAACGUGACCAAGGAACUCAUAAAGAUCAUUCGAGUGCAGUGGAAGAUACCAUCCUCGGUGAUCCAUCGACGUGGGGCUCCGAGGGGGGUUCUCAGCCUAUUGUGCAAGGUUUAGACCGAGUGAACCAGCCUCUCGCCGGAUCGAGUUCCAGCUCGGCGGAGGCUGUUGUGGGCACUCAGGACCUCCUAUCCUUUGAAAACUACUUAUUCAAGUCUAUGUGGCCCGAACUGGCUAGCCCAGAGCAUCAAGGGGACUUCUAUGACAUGGAAGGAGAGCUCCUAGGUUUCGAUAUGGAUCCUUUGAGCGAGUUCGAACCACUCUAG